CAGUCUUCUUUGUCUGAUUCAAAUAUGGUGGCAGCUUUCUGCCCAUCGUAUGUUUCGUAACUUGUGGUUGUGUUCAUGGGUUAGCAACGGUCUCAUUUCUUGAAAGAUUUCCAAAAUGCGAUCUAAAAGAUCUCGUACAUCUUCGGAUACUUCUUCUUCAACAACGCCCCCAGUGAAAAAACUUAGUAAAACAAAUGUCACGCUGGAUGAAGAUUCAAAAUCUACUGUAGUAAUGGUCAGUUCAAGUGCUAGCAGCAUCUCGAGCGAAGCAAGUGAAACAAAGAGUGAGCCUUUCACGGGUGUUGAACGAUUUAGGAAAGCUUGUCAAAAGAUUAAAAGCUUGUUUGAGCAAAUGAAAGCUUACAAGGAUAAUGAUAAGAAUGGAACUGAACUGGAAAAUUUACGAAUGCAAUGUCUAUUAUCAUUUGUUACCUUAAAAAACUGCAACCGGUCUGCUCAAUUUCUCAACAGACAAGCACGAGAUGAUACACUAGAGGCAAAACAAAAAGUAGAUGGCUUGCAUCUGGAGCUUCAGAACUUGCUAUAUGAGAUAACACAUUUAAAGAAGGAGAUCAAUAAAUGUUUACAAUUUAAGUCCAAAGACCAGGAGAUUGAUUUAAUAUCUGAAGAAGAGUUAAAGCAAGAACUAGAAAAAAUGAAAGACGAGAAGCUUUCUGAGGAUCCUCACAAGCUUAUGUUGGCCCGGCUUGAUUGGGAACUAAAAGAAAGAAAAAGUUUAACUGCGAUCAAGCAAAGUUAUGUGACAAAGAAGAAAACAAUGGCUCAUGAAAUACAGGAAAAGAAUGAUUUUUUAAAUAGUCUUGAGCCACAGCUGAAGACAAUUCUCCAGGCAACAUCUCCAAUACAAGAUUUUCUGGGAAUGCAACUGGAAAGCAAGAGAAUAAAAUAUCAGACUGCAAAGUUUUUACCAAGGCCAUUGUAUGUGUUGUUUGUGCAAUCUAUGGCCUAUCAAGAAGCAUGUGAUCCUAAUCUGAAUACUGAGAUAAUUGGUGACGUUGAAGCAGCUAAAGCUCAAUUAGAAGACAAAGCAGGAAUUCCAGGUGUUGUGGAUGUUGAGUUGGAUGAAAAUGUAGAUAAAACUGAAGAAGAUGAAGUUGAAGUUGAUGAGCUGCCCAAGAAAAGGCAACAUAGACGAACUACUGAGGAACUUUGUCAAGAGGAGAAAGUCAAGACUGCUUUAAAACAACAUCCAUUGCAGGUGCAGCUUGAAAUUACGUGUAAAGGUGAUAUUAAGUCAAAGAUAUUGUUCUGUUACAUUCCGUUAUUGAACAUUAUCACUGUUUCCCUGGACAUUCUGUGCAGCGAAAACGAAAAGCUCAAAUUUUCUGGAAGAUCAUUACUUUCCCCUGAUUCUGUAUUGACCUGCCUUUUUCCUGAAGAUUUUGGUGAUGUCACUCCUAAUCCCACCAAUCACCAUCAGCUUAACAAAUUAGGUAUAGAAAAUGUUACAUUUGGUAAACUGAACAUUGGUCGUCCCUACAAAUGGGUGCAAAAGCUUUGUGGACUAGAGUUCCCUACAUCCGACUCAAAGUCAAACGAGAUACCGACCGUGAAUUCCUCUCUCAGUGCAUCGCACAUGGAAAGGACUGUGAAAUCUAUUAAAUCUAGAAUUUUGACGAGAAUAUUGUUGACGAAACAGUUAAUAUCAUUAGAAUCACUCAGUAUACCGUUAAGCGAAGAAGGACGUCAUCUUUUCCCUGUAAAAAGUCUCAGUACACUAGAAUCGUGGAAUGUGAUCACAACUUCAGAAUAUUCGGAGUUACCUUUCGUGGAAAAUAAAACGCUUAUUGAAUCUAUCACAGAAAAUGAUAUGCUCUUUUUGGCGACCUUUUCAUGCGAAAAUGUUAAACUGAAGGCGGCUGUCAUAGUUCCAUCAGAUUAUCCAGUUCGAACACCGUUAUUCAAGAUGGCUGUUUCCAGCAAUGGUUCUUAUGUGAACAAUGAUUAUGUCAGGGCAAUUGAAACAGAGGUCAAUGUUUUUUAUGAAGAAAUGUGUAAAGAAGACUCAAGAGAUAACAUUCUUUCGAAUCAACUAAGGCGUGUUCAGAUGUGUUUUGAUGUUUUCAACGAUACAAAUGCUUCAGAGAAGCAUGACAUGCAGAACCACGAAUUUUUGAUCAUGCGAGUUAAACGGGGUCGCGACCGUGGCAUGGCGUUGGAGUACGAUCAAAAACACGCAUGUUUCGUUCAUCGUUGUAAAUAAAUUCUCUGUCAAACUUUUUUCGUUGUUUUCAUACUGACUUGUGUGAGAAUAAACUAUUGAACAUCAA